UGACCGGUUGAUCGCCGAAAAAUAACUUGAAAACAGGAAAUAUUCAUAAAAGUUUGAGGAUAACGAUGACCUAAUAGUUUUAUGAUCUGACACUUUUAUUGGAGCUUAUUGAGAUUUCGCAAGACGUGUGGAGUAUAAGUCAUAUGUUGAAUGAUUUCAGCUGAAUAAAAGUCAUUGAGGAAGAGGUGUUUUAACUAACAGACAAAAUGGGGAACUUGUUCCGCAGUGAAGAAAUGUCGCUGGUUCAGCUAUUUCUCCAGACUGAGGCUGCGUACGCGUGUGUAUCGGAGCUCGGUGAACUAGGCCUGAUGCAGUUCAAAGAUUUGAAUGCUCAUGUGAAUGCUUUCCAGAGAAAGUUUGUCAACGAAGUAAGGAGAUGUGAAGAAAUGGAGAGAAAAAUCAGGUACAUUGAGAAGGAAAUCAAGAAAGACAGCUUGGUGAUUCCCGACUAUGGAGAAAACCCUAAAGCUCCUGCACCCAAAGAGAUGGUGGAUUUAGAGGCAACGUUUGAGAAGAACGAGAGUGAGCUGAGGGAAGUGAACACGAAUGCUGAAGCCCUGAAGAGGAAUUUUCUCGAACUUGCCGAACUGCGCGAAGUCUUGAUAAAAACUCAGACUUUCUUCCAGGCAUAUGGUAAUGAGAUGUCUGGGAUAGUGGCCGAGGUGCAGGAUGCACUGGUGACUCACACUGAAGGUGUGCAGGCCAUGACCUCCAUACAGCUCGGGUUUUUAGCUGGAGUGAUUCCUCGUGAGAAAGUGCCAGCGUUUGAGAGGAUGUUGUGGUUUGCGUGUCGUGGCAACGUCUUUCUGCGAUACGACGAGAUCAUGAUCAAAAUGGAGGACCCGGUCACAGGUUAUCCCAUUGUCAAGUGUGUCUUCAUCAUUUUUUUCCAAGGGGAACAACUCAAGAUUAAAGUCAAGAAAAUUUGUGAAGGAUUCCGAGCCUCUCUGUAUCCGUGUCCAGAGUCGCCCCAAGAGAGAGAUGAAAUGUUCCGUGGAGUUACAACUCGUCUUGAGGACUUGAAGAUGGUUUUAAACCAGACAGAGGACCACCGUCGCCGAGUCCUGGUGGGCGCCCAGAAGGAGAUCCGGAGCUGGAUCAUCAAGGUGGAGAAGAUCAAGGCCAUCUACCACACGCUGAACAUGUUCAACUUCGACAUGUCGCACAACUCGCUCAUCGCCGAGGGAUGGUGUCCGCUCAAGGCUCAGGAGGACCUACGGAGAGCUCUUAAAGAAGGGGAGAAAAUGAGUGGCAGCACUGUGCCAACUGUCAUCCACCCGAUGCAUACGACCGAGAAACCGCCGACCUACUUCCGAACAAACCGCUUCACCAAGGGAUUCCAGGGCAUUGUUGAUGCCUACGGUGUCGCCAGCUACAGGGAGGUUAACCCAGCUCCGUACACCAUUAUUACAUUUCCCUUUCUGUUUGCGGUGAUGUUCGGUGACGCAGGUCACGGCAGUCUGAUGUUUCUCUUUGGUCUCUGGAUGGUUGUCAUGGAGAAAAAACUGUCUGCUCAGAAAUCUGACAAUGAGAUCUGGAACACGUUCUUUGGUGGCCGAUACAUUAUCAUGCUGAUGGGUUUGUUUUCUAUAUACACUGGGAUGAUUUACAACGAUGCCUUCUCCAAGUCUUUCAACAUCUUUGGCACAAAAUGGCAUCCAAACUACACAGAGCAUGAGCUGGCAGGAGAGCAGCUGACUUUAAAUCCGUCAAAGUUCCACGACAAUGGAACAGCCUAUGUGUUCGGAAUUGAUCCAAUCUGGCAAUCGGCUACAAAUAAAAUCACUUUUCUCAACUCGUUCAAGAUGAAAACAGCUGUCAUUCUUGGAAUCAGUCAGAUGUUGUUUGGGAUUGUUAUGGGAGUUUUCAAUCACAUUCACUUCAAGAGUAAAGUGAAUUUCUUCUGUGAGUUUCUACCCGAGCUGUUUUUCCUGCUGCUGUUGUUUGGAUACCUCGUGGCCCUUGUCUACUACAAAUGGCUUGUGUUCACGGCGGCCAAGGCCUCCUGUGCCCCAUCGCUCCUAAUUCAGUACAUCAACAUGUUUAUGAUGAAGUACACAGUGGAUGGUGACCAAAAAUGUAAUUCUCAGCUUCCAUUCUAUCCACACCAGCAAAUAGUCCAGACAGUGUUUGUGAUUGGAGCUCUGCUAUGUGUGCCAAUACUACUCGUCCCAAAACCGUUCAUUCUGCGUUACCAGCACAACAAGAGAAAACGAAUGAGAUUUGCCCUUCAAGCCAGGUCGACAGAUGCCUUGUUGCCCAAUGAGAUUCCUCAAGAUGGGAAAGGUAUCAAGACCGUUAGGGUCUCCCGAAGUCAGUCUGGUCCGAGCACGACCCAGCAGACAAGUCCUGAGCAGGGGGUUGAGCUGGGGGCUGUAUCAAACACGAAUAUUGCUCUGUCGGUGAACUCUGCUGGUGAUGCAGAACUUGCAACCAGUCAUUUAGAACUGGUAGCUAUAAGUGAGCACGAAGAGGAGUUUGAUUUCAGUGAAGUGUUUAUCCACCAGACUAUUCACACCAUCGAGUUCUGUCUAGGCUGUAUAUCUCACACUGCGUCGUACCUCCGACUUUGGGCUUUGAGUCUUGCACACGCACAGUUGUCCGAGGUCCUGUGGAACAUGGUGUUCAGCCUCGGUCUGGGCAUGGACCUCCAGUGGUUAGGCAGCAUCAUCGUGUUCGCCUUGUGGAUGUUCUGGGCCAACCUCACACUGGCCAUCCUGCUGCUCAUGGAGGGACUGUCCGCUUUCCUGCACACUCUCCGUUUGCACUGGGUUGAGUUUCAGAGCAAGUUUUAUGAAGGAAGCGGUUACAACUUUGAGCCAUUCAGUUUCAAACACAUUCUGGACAUCGACUCUCUUGAUGACCUCAAGUAACUGGGUUCAAGUCUGCAUCGUGCUCGACCUCAUCCAAGAAAUUACUUCAACAUUUAUAGCCUUAACUGAGAAUGUUUUUCUACAUUCUCAUUGCUUGUUUCAACCUUGAUUUUUGAUUAUAAUAACUUUUAAUAAGAAUACAGUCUGUGACCUCCACCAAGUCUUCAACCAAGAAAUUAAUUCAGCAUUUCCUGAUGCAGUUGAAAUAUUUUUUCUACAUUCUUGAUCAUCGCUUAUUAUAAACUUAAUAGCAUGGAACUUUGUCUUUUAAUGACAGGUUGUUUGUUUCAACCUUAAUAAUAUAGAACUUUGUUAUUAUAAUGACAUGAAAUAACAAUUGUAAAGUUACACAUAUUUGGCUUUUAUAUGCCUAAGUGCAUAUGGUUUUUUUUUAAUUUAAGGAAAUUAUAUAUUAGAUUUUUUGUGGUAGGAACUAUAAUAAUGAACAGAUUUCUUUAUAUGAAUGUUAAUUAACAGUGGUUAUUAACUAGUUAAUAUUGACAUUUAUCCUAUAACUUAAACCCAUUUGAUAUUUUUCAUUAUUAACCCACUUAAUAUUUUUUUUGCUGUCAAUGGGUCAUUUGUUUACAAGCCAAGAAGACCUGUAUACGUGAGAGUAAUGUUUUGAUAUGAUUUAUUUAAAGUGUGUGAAGUCAAAUUACAUUUGUGCUAAUCGUGAUGAUGUCAUAUUACUGUUAAAGGCAACACUGGAUUUACUAAAUAUCUAAUUAACAUUUUAUAAGUGUUAUACAUCUAGAAUAACUAGAAUCACUACUCUUGUCUUUGAAUAUGUAAAAUAUCAACGUCAUCUAGUUCAUCAGUAUUUGUCACGUUUGUCUUGGCAGAGUCUUCACAAAUACAGAUUAAUAUCAGACUUUUUUUCACCUUUUCAUACAUCUUACCUUAGUGCUUCACCCUAUUCCUAAUCUAUUAGACUGGUCCAAAUAUUUCAACAGCCAAACUGCUAUGAAGAUUCAUUAGACUGUGGGUACCCACAUCCUGUUAUUUGGUUGAUAGAUGUUUAUAUACAUCUGUAUAAUAAUAUUAUUACAAUAUAAGUGUUAAAUUGUUUUAUAGAAAUUAUUGUUAUACGAUGUCAGAUUUGUUUUCAAGUUGGAACUAUGCACAUAAUACAAUUUUCCAACUGUUGUUUUCUUUACAGAUAUAUAUUGAUGCAAAUGUGUUAAAAUAAAGUUUUAUUAUAGUGAAAACAACUAUUUUUUGUGCAAUUCGAUAAGGUUAUUUUUUAAUGGUAUUUUUUUUAUACAUGUAUAUGUAUUUUUCAUAAUCAUUGGUUCAUGUGAACAAAAACUGUUAUUGUAAGAUUAAUUAUUUAAUCUUGACAAAUAAUAAAAUUGAUUUGUUAAUAAUACUGAUAUACUGUUUCGAAAAACUGAAGGUAUAAUUGUUAAAAAUCUACGUUUAGUAAUAUUCACAUUAAUUAAUUUGUGAAUAAAUUAAAAAUAAUUCACUGUGUUCAUUAAUUAAGCCUAAUACAAGAACAAACUUUCCAUAGAAAUUCCCAUCAAAAACUGCUUUUAAAAUAUUCGUAUUACAUGUAAAGGUCACAAAAACGUGUCAUGCACAGCAUUUCACAAUUUGUUUAAAAGUACAGUCUUAUAUAUUCAUCCAUUUUUGUAAGAUAUAUGAAGCAUUUCAUUAGUAUAUCAAGCUUUUAGUAUUUUCAAAUUUCCCAUUCACUGUUGUUUUAAUACAUAUACAAAGCAGGAUUUUAUAUUUACACCAGCUGUUUUACAACAGCACUUUGACAACAGCACUUUGACAACAUCAUUUCCGUGUUUUAUAUAUUUAUGAGAUUAUUUAUGUAAAACAUGAUAUAAGUCGAAUACAAAAUCUAGGGUAUUUUUUUUAUUCACGUUUUGUUGAAUCAAAGAAACAACUGUAUUUGUACUCCUGUAUGUAAAUAUAUUAAAGAAUGCUUUUGCAUAUGUUCAUCAUUUUGAAAUUGCUGGACAAUGCUGAUAUAACAACUGUUAAGACUGGAAUCAGGAAAAAUCAUGUUCACGUUUUUAAAGGUGCAUUGUUCUAUGUGUACACAAUUUACGCAAAUACAUGUAUUUCAGAGAAAUGAAAAUUUGACAUUUAAGUUAAAAAU